UUUGAGUCUGCCCUCUAUCAUUUAUUCAUUCUUUUUUCCGACAGUUUUAAGGAAAUAAAAUCUGGAAGUUCAUUGGUUUUGAAUGUGGAGUUGAUUCAGACAAUUGCAUCUUAUGUUUAUUCAUCAUGAGUCUGAAAUUGUUUAGAAGCGUCUAUUUCAGACAGGACGCUACUGUCAAGGUCACAGUUUGGUUUGUCAUCUAUUCUUCAAUAGAAAACUGCAAUGUUGGCUAAUGAACGCUUACGUUUUAAACUUCAUUCUUUAAAUUAUCCAACCUACGAUAUCUUUAAUAUUUCAGAUACAGUGAAUGUAAGAAAUGUAGUUGUUUGGCUUGAGGAUAGACUUAUUCGAGCUCUUCCUGCAGAUGUAAGGUUACGUGAUGUACAAUCGCCAGAGUGGAUAACUUAUCUUAAUAAGUAUCUUCAGACACUAAAAUGUCCCUUUAAUGAGUCGAACUCUUGGGCCAUGUUGGACUGGCUUCUUAGUAGGGCGUUGUUAUUGGAAUCUAGCUCACCUGAAACGAAUACUGCGCACAACAAUGUAUCUGUGGAUGCGAGUUCAAAUGCUUCAGCAAAUGCUUUCAGUAGCGUAGAUGUUAACACUAAUGAAUUCAAGGAAAAUGUUCUAAAGAUGGCUAAAUUGUUACAGAUCCCAAGUCACCCAGAUAUUAAGACGUUAUUCAAGGCUAUCUGUCUGGUUAUUGAGCAGAAACUUGAAGUAAAUAUACUGAAUGCUGCCGUCAAAGACUAUGGUACAUUUAAGAUUGAUAUGCUGAAGCUCGAUGAUGUCUGUCUUGGAUUCGAAGUUAGCGACCCAAGUGUAAAAGCUGCAGCAGUUGCUUUAAGAAUUUUAAACAUAAACAGACUGCGUAGGUUGCAGGACCAAGCUAAUGCUGGCAUUGUACAAGUUCAAAAACUUACGGCAGAUCCAAAAACUGAUGAGAAACUUGGUAAAGUUGGUUUUUAAUGCUUUAAUCUAAAUAACAAGUGAAAUAUAUUCAUUUAUGAAUGUGAUGAGGUUUCUUAAUUUUUAAUAAUAUUGUAAUUCAUAGCAACUUAUUCUUAUUACGAAGAUAAAAAUUCUAUGCAUAC